CCCAAGAUUGGCCUCCUUCUGCACCAUCCAGGUGAGAGCUAAGAAGUAUUGCGAAGCCAAGUCAUGGAUCUGCCUGCACGUAAAGAAAAAUCCAAAGUUAAAGAGCCUGUCAGCAGAGUUGAGAAGGCCAAGCAGAAAUCAGCCCAGCAGGAGCUGAAGCAAAGACAGAGGGCAGAGAUCUAUGCCCCCAACAGAGUCAUGACAGAACUGGAACAGCAGCAGUUUGACGAGUUCUGUAAACAGAUGCAGCCUCCCGGAGAAUGA